UCGAAAAUUAUGAAAAUUUCAUUUUGGUUCAUACAAAUUUCUGGAUGAAUAUGUAAUUUUUGAAAAAAUGAUUAAAAGGGUAUUUAUGUAUUUUCAGGUCAAAAAACACACCGCCAAUCGCUCAACCCACGCGUGCAGCACACGAAAAGCUUUCAGGGGGGUUUUUGGCUUUGACUAUCUUUUAUAGGGGGGUAUUUGCUAAUUAUUUUAACACAGGGACUUUUAAGACAAUUAGAGUUUACACAAGAAGCUCAGACAACACAAAAAUUUCAAUGGAAACCGUAACGAAUAAGUAUGUUGUAACAACGAGCAAUAUCGAUGGAGCCCCGAACGAAUCAAACUUCGCGAUUUGCGAACAAGUUGUUUCCUUGAAAGUACUACGACAGCCGGCUGGUGAGGGUUCCGACAUCGUUGUCGUUGUGAAAAAUAUGUACGUGUCGAUCGAUCCGUACCAGAUAAACCGAAUGAAGAGUUACAGUUGUUCGCAGGGAACUGUUUCUGCAGCAGCUGCUCUUCUUCCUGGACAGGCAAUUAAUGCAAGUGGGGUUGGGAGAGUGGUGGGUUCUACACAUCCAGAAUUUAAAGAAGGGGAUCUUGUUUCGGGAGCCCUAAUAUGGGGGGAAUAUACCCUUGUCAAAGGCAUUUCUUUACAGUGGUUGCAGAAAUUGGAUACAAAUCUCUCAUUUCCACUCUCUUAUUUUGCUGGAGGAGUUCUAGGAAGCAGCGGGCUUACAGCAUAUGGAGGGUUUUUCAAAGUGUGCAAGCCUAAAAAGGGAGAUAAAGUGUUCGUUUUUGCUGCUUCCGGUUCGGUCGGGAGUUUAGUCGGACAAUACGCCAAGUUGUUUGGUUGUUACGUCGUUGGAUGCGCAGGAACUAAACAAAAGGUGGACUUACUAAAAGAUGAACUCGGGUUUGAUGAUGCAUUCAACUACAAACAAGAAACUGAUUUGAACUCAGCUCUUAAAAGGUACUUCCCGGAGGGGAUCGACAUAUACUUUGACAACGUGGGAGGCGAAAUGCUCGAAGCGGCAAUCAAUAACAUGAACGUUUUCGGUAGAGUAUCCCUUUGUGGAGUUAUAUCCGAAUAUACGGACGAUAGUAAAAGAGCCAAACCCGACAUGGUAGCGGUGGUCUACAAAAGAAUUAAAAUAGAGGGUUUUCUGUCUGUCGACUUUAUGGAUAUAUACCAAGAAUACAUUUCCACAACUAUAAUAUAUCUUCAGACGGGCGAAUUGAAGGCCGUCGAAGAUAUCUCGGACGGUCUAGAUAGCAUUCCGACUGCCUUUGUCGAUCUUUUCCGUGGCAAUAACGUCGGAAAAAAGAUUGUGAGAAUUUCUCAAGACUAGGUUUAUUUUUCAAUUUGUAUCUUCAAUACAAUGUUAUGUAUUGUUGGUUAGCUCUCGUGUAAUAAAGUUAACCCCAUUUAUGUGAUCAUUUCAUAUUCACGUGGGAAAAUAUUGAAUCCACAUUACCCAAUAUGAUCAAAAUUUUAAUUAUUUAUGUCUAUUAAAUCUUUUCUAGCAUUUGAAUUAUAAUCUUGAUUGUGAAAUGUUUUAUUGUUUUA